AUGAGGAGUAAAGGAUUUAAACUGUUUGGCUACGGCCUGGUUUUUCUUUUGUUUUUCCUCCACCCCAUAAAUGGAGACGUGAGCUACUCGAUCACAGAGGAGAUGAAGCGUGGAUCUGUCAUCGGGAAUAUUGCGAAGGAUUUGGGACUAAAUUUGGGCCAGUUAUCUGCUCGUAAAGCACGCAUUGACACGGAGGAUAGCAACAUACAACAUUGCAGCAUCAACCUCAACACUGGUGACUUGAUUGUUCAGGAGAGGAUCGACAGAGAGGCGUUGUGUGGUAAAAAAGCAUCGUGUGUUUUAAAACAGGAACUUGUAAUGGAAAACCCUUUGGAACUACAUCAUAUAAGUAUCCGUGUUUUUGAUGUCAAUGAUAACUCUCCACAGUUUAAUGAGGAUUCACUAAAAUUUGAAAUAAGAGAAUCGGCGCACAAGGGGGAGCGUUUUCUUCUUAGAGAAGCACGUGAUGCAGAUAUCGGUGAAAAUGCUGUUCAAAGCUACACUUUGCAGCAGAACGAUCAUUUUAAAUUAAAUGUUAAUUCUAAACCAGGUGGACAGAAGUACUGUGAAUUGGUAUUGGACAAAGAAUUAGACAGAGAAGAUAAAAAAGAAAUGACGCUCUUGCUGACUGCAUAUGAUGGCGGCUCUCCUCAGAGAUCAGGCACUGUAGUCAUACACGUCACUGUGCUGGAUGCGAAUGAUAAUGUACCAGUGUUUAGCGAGAUGGUCUAUAAAGCCACUCUGCCUGAAAACUCUCCGAUUGAUACUUUCGUGAUUAGAGUGAGUGCAAGUGACGCAGACGAAGGAUUAAAUAGCGAAAUCACAUAUGCAUUUGACCAUUUAUCUGAUGAUGAUAGUGAUGUCUUUACUUUACACCCUAAAACUGGACAAGUAACUGUGGCUGGUGUUGUUGAUUAUGAGAAAGUGAAAUCUUAUGAAAUGCCAAUAAGCGCUGUUGAUGGCCUAGGUUUAAUUUCUUAUUCUUCUUUAAUUAUUGACAUUGUUGACAUGAAUGACAAUGCCCCUGUAAUAAAUCUAAAGUCAUUAUCUACUCAAGUGGCAGAGAAUGUGCCAGCUGGUACUGAGGUGGGCAUCGUUAAUGUGCAGGACCGAGACUCUGAGCAGAACGGACAGGUCCGUUGCUCCAUUCAACAAAAUGUCCCCUUUAAGUUAAUUCCUUCUAUUGCAAACUAUUAUUCUCUGGUGACGACUGGAGAACUGGACCGAGAACUGGUGUCUAAUUACAACAUUACAAUCAGCGCUACUGACGAGGGUUCUCCUCCUCUAUACUCCUCUAAAAGUAUUCAAUUGUCUGUAGCAGAUAUUAAUGACAACCCACCUGUUUUUGAGGAAAAGUCUUACAGCGCAUACGUGAGUGAAAAUAAUAAAGCCGGCUCCCCUUUAUGUUCUGUUAGUGCCAGUGAUCCUGACUGGAGACAGAAUGGUACCGUAAUAUAUUCUCUGCUAGCUGCUGAGGUGAAUGGUGCCCCGGUGUCCUCUUAUGUGUCUGUUAACGGUGACACAGGGGUCAUCCACGCUGUCAAGUCAUUUGAUUAUGAACACUUGAGGAGUUUUCAGGUCCGUGUCAUGGCAAGAGACAAUGGUUCUCCUCCACUGAGCAGCAAUGUGAGCUCUAUUGUGUCCAAAGUGAUAGCGGUGGAUGCCGACUCAGGACAGAAUGCCUGGUUGUCCUAUCACAUCAUCAAGUCCACAGAUCCGGGACUUUUCACUAUCGGUCUCCACAGUGGAGAGAUCAGGACACAGCGGGAUGUUAUGGAAUCUGACAGCAUGAAACAGAACCUGAUUGUGGCAGUGAAAGAUAACGGACACCCCCCUCGCUCUGCCACCUGCUCAAUAUAUUUACUUCUUUCCGAUAACUUGGCUGAAGUGCCAGAACUGAAAGACAUUUCUUAUGAGGAGAAGAAUUCCAAAAUGACUUCUUAUUUGAUCAUCGCUCUGGUGUCUGUGUCCACCUUCUUUUUGACCUUCAUCAUCAUUGUGCUGGGUGUCAGGUUUUGUCGGAGGAGAAAACCAAGAUUGUUAUUUGAUGGAGCAGUUGCCAUCCCCAGCGCAUAUCUCCCUCCCAAUUACGCAGAUGUUGAUGGAACAGGAACUUUACGCAGCACCUACAACUAUGAUGCCUACUUGACAACGGGUUCCAGGACUAGUGACUUUAAGUUUGUCUCUUCUUACAAUGACAACAUGCUGCCUGCUGACCAAACUUUGAGGAAAAGUCCAAGUGACUUCGAUGAGAUGUUUGGAGAUGCUGAAAGUUCUCCUGAGGUAUGA